GCCCGCGAGGAAUGGUGUUGAGAGUCGCGCAGAGUGGACUCUCCCCGGUGUCUACACUUUCUCCGCCCACCUUGCAAUCACAUUCUGGGGGGGUAGGACACUCUAGACUGCCUGGAGGAACCUGUUGCUUCCACGUGGAGAGGGCAACCCAGGGACCAGAGGUGGGAUGGACCCUGGCUGAAACCACAUGUUGCACGGAGGUGGAGUUCCAGCCGCGACGGUGGCCGCGGGGCUGGGGCUGGGACUCCAGAUACUCCCUCUUAUGCCGAAUUCGAACCUGACACAAGGCUUUUCCAUUUGGGACCCAACACUUCUAGAGAGUGUCCCCGGAGUUGAGCGAUGGGAAUGUGAGCGCUAAGGGUUCUAGCCUAUUCUUCUAGUCCCGUGAUGGCUGUGGACAUUGAGUGCAGGUACAGCUGCAUGGCCCCCUCCUUGCGCAGAGAGCGGUUCACCUUCCAGAUCUCACCAAAGCCAAGCAAACCUCUGAGGCCUUGUAUUCAGCUGAGCAGCAAGAAUGAAGCCAGUGGGACAGUGGCCCCUACCGUCCAGGAGAAAAAAGUGAAGAAGCGGGUGUCCUUUGCAGACAACCAGGGGCUGGCCUUGACAAUGGUCAAAGUGUUCUCCGAAUUUGAUGACCCGUUAGAUAUUCCACUGAACAUCACUGAGCUCCUGGACAACAUUGUGAGUCUGACGACAGCAGAGAGCGAGAGCUUCGUGCUAGAUUUCGCACAGCCGUCUGCAGAUUACCUGGACUUCAGGAAUCGGCUUCAGACCGACCAUGUCUGCCUGGAAAACUGCGUCCUGAAGGACAGAGCCAUCGAAGGCACAGUGAAAGUGCAGAACCUUGCAUUUGAGAAGAUGGUGAAAGUCAGAAUGACAUUCGACACCUGGAAAAGCUUCACAGACUUUCCCUGCUGGUACGUGAAGGACACGUACGCGGGUUCAGACAGAGACACAUUCUCCUUUGACAUCAGCUUGCCUGAGAAAAUUCAGUCUUAUGAGAGGAUGGAGUUUGCUGUGUGCUAUGAGUGCAACGGACAGACGUACUGGGACAGCAACAAAGGCAAAAAUUAUAGGAUCAUCCGGGCAGAGCUGAAAUCCACCCAGGGAACAGCCCAGCCACAAAAUGGACCAGAUUUUGGAAUAGCCCUUGACCAGUUUGGAAGCCCUCGAUGUUCCUACGGUCUGUUUCCAGAGUGGCCGAGUUAUUUAGGAUACGAGAAGCUUGGGCCCUACUAUUAGCAACGGCAGGGCAUGGAGCAGGGCUGAGUGGGUACAGACAAGCUGAGCUGCAGUCACCCUGUGAUGGAGGUGGAAACCAAGAGAAGAGGUGAACUGCCUUUAGGCACAGUUUUUGAGAAGAAAGGAUCCUAGUCACUCUUUUCCUUCAAUCAGCCAAGUCAGCCAGGUUUAGAUCACAGAACUGGGUUCAUGCUUGGAAGAGAUGGGCGUGCUGGUCCGUCUGGCACCCAAGUAACAGCAAUGAGGAUCUGAGUAGGAUGGUGCCAGAGGGGUCUGGAUGGGACCCAGGCCUACAGGCAGCACCGGCGAGGCCGGAGCAUGGUGGCUUAAUAACGAGGUCACCUGGAGGAGCCCCUCUUCCCUGGGGUGUGGGAAGUCAGUGCCCUGGGAGCCCUCGGUCCCCAGCACCUCCCACUGGCUCCUGGCCCCUCCUAUUCGGGUCGUCCCUGCCCAGCCAGGGCCUUCCUGCCUGCUGUAGCUGCCCUGUGUCUACACAGGCAUCACACUUCAUCUGUGAAUUUUGUGCCUAUGGUUUUCUUCCACAGUUCAUCUGAUGUUCAGGAAAAGAUAAUAAAGGCAGAUCAACUCAUGUCGGAGACAGGCAUUUCCUCUUUCUGAUUCCACAUAGAUAUCCCAGCAGAGGACAACACACCAGCUAUCGAAAGUAAACUGGUGCUUUGUGGUGUCACCGGUGCCAGGCUGAUGCCAGACAGGACAAUCAUGAGUGGGACAGAUUUAGCUUCUCCUUUUGGCUUUGUGGGGGAGCUUUCAAGCACUCACUUUUACCCUGAGUCACCGGACAGCUCAAUUACAAAACAUUGUAACUUGCUCAGCUGGGCCGGUUUGCCUGUGUCUCUUUCUUCACAAAAGGAUUGUAGAAUCUCUUUUCCUGGAGAGUCAUCUUUUAUGCCGUGUUCAGAACAUUUGGAUUUUCAGAUUCGAUAUAUCCUCAACACCUUCAGAAAUGUUUGGUUGUAUUUUGACUGUGAUUUAACAACAUCUGCUUUGUAAACAACACUUUACAAGACCCCACAGACUUUAUUUUGGUUGUUCUUAUUUAUGGUGUGUGGGUGUGUAAAGGGGUAGGGGACAAAAACCUCACCAAGUUCUCGGAUUUUAUUUUCACUGUUUGCCAACUCUGAAAUAUCAGAGAUUAAUUGUUCUUAACCAUAUUGGACUCAAGCAUUAAAAGUCUGUUGGUUCAUACUGU